AUGCGCCCGCCGCCCGCGAACCGCGCCGCCAUCAACAAGGCCCAGGAGGCCCUCAACACCGCUACCGGCACGCUCGCAUCUGCCGUCCAUCACCAACAGCAGCAACACCCUCACUCCAAGCUAAGGAGCGACGGCGCUCGACUCGACUCCGCUCCCCCGUCGCCUACGACGAGCGUCGCGUCUGCGACGACGACGAACGCGAACGGGAACGGGCUUAACGACGCUCUGGCGCCCUUGAACGGCGCCUCCGCAGCAUCCUCCGCGAACGGCACGUCGUCGACCUCGUCGCGCGGCCAGAUCCACGUCAAGGUGCUCUCCGCCCGCGGGCUGAACGUGCAGUCCCCCCGCGCGCGGCCGUACGUGGUCGUCCAGUUUGAGCAGAACGAGUUCAUCUCGCGCGACCCGAUCGAGGAGACGGAGAAGGAGAUCAAGGGCACCGCCGUCCCGACCGGCACCGUCUCCCGCGUCGGCUCGGCGACCGCGCUCUCGGCGCUCGCCGCGAUCAACAGCAAGAGCCACGGGCUCGCGAUGAAGAGCGCCGCCGCGAGCGGGAAGAAGGACAAGGACAAGGACGGCGGCGCGGGGAGCGCGCCGUCGAGCGCCGGCACGGGCACGUCGUCUCGCACGUCGUCCGGCUCGUCGACCGCGUCCCGCCGCUCGGGCCUCGAGAUGAGCCUCGGCCGGAUGCCGGCGCAUAACCCGGUCUGGAAGCACGAGGUGUCCUUCGACGUCACAUCGGAACAGUCUUAUAUUACGUUUACGGUAUAUGACCGUGCGGUCGAAGACCACUUCUUCCUCGGCCGCGUGCAGAUCAAGCCCGUGCUCAAGCACGAUCACACCGUCGACCAGUGGUACAAGUUGCAGGCGACGGGAGAUGAGGCCGUCACGGGCGAGAUGCGCAUACAAGUCCGGUUCGAGCAGUUCAAGAACAAGCGCGCGCUGACCCCGCGUGACUUUGAGUUCCUGAAGCUCAUCGGGCGCGGCACGUUCGGGCGCGUGUUCCAGGUGCGGAAGAAGGACACGAAGCGGAUUUACGCGAUGAAGGUCCUGUCGAAGAAGGAGAUCGUCGCGAAGAAGGAGGUCGCGCAUACCAUCGGCGAGCGCAAGAUCCUCCAGCGCUCGCUCGAGUGCCCGUUCCUCGUCGGCCUCAAGUUUAGCUUCCAGACCGAGGUCGACCUCUACCUCGUCACGGACUUCAAGAGCGGCGGAGAGCUGUUUUGGCAUUUGCAGCGCGAGACGCGGUUCUCGGAGGAGCGCGCGAGGUUUUAUAUCGCCGAGCUCAUUUUGGCGCUGGAGCAUCUGCACAAAUACGAUAUCGUCUAUCGGGAUCUGAAACCGGAAAACAUCCUGCUCGACGCGACGGGCCACGUCGCGCUGUGCGAUUUUGGGCUGUCCAAGGCGGACCUGCGCUCGGACGAGCUGACGAACACGUUCUGCGGCACGACCGAGUACCUCGCGCCGGAGGUGCUCCUGGACGAGCACGGUUAUUCGAAGCUUGUCGACUUUUGGUCGCUCGGCGUGCUGCUGUUCGAGAUGUGUUGCGGCUGGAGCCCGUUUUAUGCCGAGGACACGCAGCAGAUGUAUCGCAACAUAUGCUUUGGGAAGAUCCGGUUCCCGAAGGGGGUGAUAUGCGAGGAUGGGAAGAUGUUUGUCAAAGGGCUCUUGAACCGGAAUCCGAAGCACCGGCUCGGCGCCCAGCGCGAUGCGGCCGAGCUGAAGGAGCACCCGUUCUUCAAAUCGAUCGACUGGCGCGCGCUCGCGCUCAAGCAGGUCACGCCGCCGUUCAAGCCGAUCGUCGAGUCGGACGAGUCCGUGGCCAACUUUGACAACGAGUUCACGUCGGUCGACGUCAGGGAGAUGGUCGACGGCGAGGCGUGGGACGAGGACGACCCGUCGGAGGCGUGGACGUCGCCGUCGUCGCUCACGCCCGGCUCGCACACGCCGAACGGCCCGCUCGGCUCGGAUUUGGGCAGUCGCCCGUCGUCCGCCGCGGCGCGCACGCCGGCGGCCCCCGCCCCCGCCCCCACUCCCGCCGCCGCCGCCGCCGCCCCGACGCAGAAGGCGAACGGGGCGGGGCCGAACGUGAUCGAGAUCAAGAGCACGAAGCGGAGGGCGCGCGAGGCGGCGACGAGCCCGCCGCUGACGAGCAGCGUGCAGGAGCAGUUUACGGGGUUCACGUUUAGCGGAGGGGAGAGCUUUGUGGGCGGGAGGGAGCGGCACGAGGCGGACGCGGCGGCGGCCGAGGACGAGGACGAGCAGGCGGUGGAGGACGAGGACGGGAACGAGCCGACGACGGAGGACGAGGCGUGGGACGACGAGCGGCACGCGGGGAGGUAUGCGAACGCGAGGCGGAAGGGCGCGUUGGACGGGCUGGACGACGUCGAUCCGGAGUUAUGA